CGGGUUGCUCCAAAGCCCCAGCCCGAGUCGGCUGAGCCAACCCUCCAAGCUUCUCUCCGCUAGCGCCUUUCUUCUAGUGUCCCAGCUCCUGGCAAAUCCUGCCGCACAGCCCGCCGCGAUGCGCUCAGGCCAGCAGCCUGCGCCUCUGGCCCCUGCCCUGGCCCUGACUUUGACCUUGGCUGUGUUAGCCAGACUGUCAUCCACAGCCUCCUUCUUCGGUGAGAACCACCUGGAGGUGCCCACGGCCACAGCUCUGACUGAUGUAGACCUCUGGCUACAAUUCUCCACUUUUCAGCCCGAAGCCCUGCUUCUCCUGGCAGCAGGCCAGGCUGACCACCUCCUCCUGCAGCUCCACUCCGGAUACCUAGAGGUCACACUCGCCCUGGGCCAGGAGGAACUAAGGCUGCAGACGCCAGCUGGGACCCUGCUGAGCGACUCUGCCGUCCACACUGUGCAGCUGACCAUUUCAGACAGCGAGGCCUUGCUGUCCGUUGAUGGGUUCCUGAACGCCUCAGCCCCCAUCCUGGGAGCUCCCCUGGAGGUCCCCUAUGGGAUCUUCCUGGGGGGCCCCGGGAGCCUUAGCCUGUCCUACCUGAGGGGGGCUAGCCAGCCUCUGAGGGGUUGCCUCCACGCUGCCACCCUCAAUGGCCGCAACCUGCUCCGACCACUGACCCCGGGCGUGCAUGAGGGCUGUGCUGAAGAGUUUUCUGCAGAUGACAGCGUGGCCCUCGGCUUCUCUGGACCCCACUCCCUGGCUGCCUUCCCGGCCUGGAGCACUCGGGAGGAAGGCACCCUGGAGUUUAUCCUCACCACUCGGAGCCAGCAGGCGCCCCUGGCCUUCCAGGCAGGGGGUCAGCAUGGGGACUUCCUCUACGUGGACAUCUUUGAGGGCCACCUGCGGGCUGUGGUGGAGAAGGGCCAGGGCACGGUACUGCUUCACAACAGCGUGCCCGUGGCCGAUGGGCAACCCCAUGAGGUCAGUGUCCAUGUGGACGCUCACCAGCUGGAGAUUUCCGUGGACCAGUACCCCACACGGACUUCCAACCGCGGGGUCCUCAGCUAUCUGGACCCACGUGGCAAUCUCCUCCUGGGGGGGCUGGACGCUGAGGCCUCUCGCCAUCUCCAGGAACACCGCCUGGGGCUGGCCCCGGGGACCGUCAACGCCUCCCUGCUGGGCUGCAUGGAGGACCUCAGCAUCAAUGGCCAGAGACAGGGGCUCCGGGAUGCCUUGCUGACGCGCAGCAUGACAGCCGGCUGCAGGCUAGAGGAAGACGAGUAUGAGGAGGACGCCUAUGGCCUGUACGAAGCUUUCUCCACACUGGCACCCGAGGCGUGGCCCGCCGUGGAGCUGCCUGAGCCCUGCGUCCCUGAGCCAGGGCUGCCGCCUGUCUUUGCCAAUUUCACCCAGCUGCUGACCAUCAGCCCACUGGUGGUGGCUGAGGGGGGUGCGGCCUGGCUCGAGUGGCGGCAUGUGCAGCCCAUGCUGGACCUGAGCGAGGCCGAGCUGCGCAAAUCCCAGGUGCUAUUCAGUGUGAGCCGCGGGGCACGCCACGGCGAGCUCGAGCUGGACAUCCCCGGGGCCCAGGCACGGAAAAUGUUCACCCUGCUGGACGUGGUGAACCGCAAGGUCCGCUACAUCCACGAUGGCUCCGAGGACACCUCCGACCAGCUGAUGCUGGAGGUGUCCGUGACCGCCAGGGUGCCCGUGCCCACCUGCCUUCGGAGGGGCCAAACCUACAUCCUGCCCAUCCAGAUAAAUCCUGUCAAUGACCCACCCCGUAUCAUCUUCCCACAUGGCAGCCUCAUGGUGAUCCUGGAGCACACACAGAAGCCACUGGGGCCCGAAGUUUUCCAGGCUUACGACCCAGACUCUGCCUGCGAGGGCCUCACCUUCCAGCUCCUUGGCACCCCCACCGGCCUCCCCGUGGAGCGCCGAGACCAGCCUGGGGAGCCAGCAACGGAGUUCUCCUGCCGGGAGCUGGAGGCCGGCAGCCUCGUCUAUGUCCACCGAAGUGGCCCCGCCCAGGACCUGACGUUCCGGGUCAGUGACGGGCUGCAGGCCAGCCCUCCCGCCACCCUGAAGGUGGUGGCAGUCCGGCCAAUGGUUCAGAUACGCCACAACACAGGGCUGCGCCUGGCCCAGGGUUCCGCAGCCCCUAUCUCUUCCACCAACCUGUCGGUGGAGACCAACGCCGUGGGGCAGGAUGUGAGCAUCCUAUUCCGAGUCACAGAGGCCCUGCAGUUUGGGGAGCUGCAGAAGCAGGGGGCAGGUGGGGCCGAGGGGGCCGAGUGGAGGGCCACACAGGCCUUCCACCAGCGGGAUGUGGAGCACGGCCGCGUGAGAUACCUGAGCACUGACCCGCAGCAUCACACCGAGGACACCGUGGAGAACCUGGCCCUGGAGGUGCAGGUGGGCCAGGAGACCCUGAGCAAUCUGUCUUUCCCAGUGACAAUCCAGAGAGCCACAGUGUGGCUGCUGCGGCUGGAGCCCCUGAGCACUCAGAACACCCAACAGGAGGUGCUCACCACGGCCCACCUGGAGGCCACCCUGGAGGAGGAGGCAGGCCCCAGCCCCACCACCUUCUACUAUGAGGUGGUCCAGGCCCCCAGGAAGGGCAACCUGCGGCUACAGGGCACACGGCUGUCAGAAGGGCAGAGCUUCACCCAGGAUGACCUGCAGGCUGGCCGGGUGACCUAUGGGGCCACGGCACGCACCUCAGAGACAGUUGAAGACACCUUCCGCUUCCGUGUCACAGCUCCACCGCACUUCUCCCCACUCUACACCUUCCCCGUCCACAUUGGCGGUGACCCAGAUGCUCCCGUCCUGACCAACAUCCUCCUCUCGGUGCCGGAGGGCGGCGAGGGCAUUCUCUCCGCUGACCACCUCUUCGUCAAGAGUCUUAACAGCGCCAGCUACCUCUACGAGGUCAUGGAGCGGCCCCGCCAUGGAAGGCUGGUUUGGAGGGGGGCACAGGACGAGGCCACCAUGGUGACGUCCUUCACCAAUGAGGACCUGCUGCAGGGCCGGCUGGUCUACCAGCAUGACAACUCCGAGACCACAGAAGACGACAUUCCCUUUGUGGCAAUGCGCCAGGGUGACGGCAGCGGUGGCAUGGCCUGGGAGGAGGUGCGGGGCGUCUUCCGCGUGGCCAUCCAGCCCAUAAAUGACCACGCUCCCGUGCAGACCAUCAGCCGUAUCUUCCAUGUGGCCCGGGGUGGCCAGCGGCUGCUGACAACAGAUGACGUGGCCUUCAGUGACGCCGACUCCGGCUUUGCAGACACUCAGCUGGUGCUGACUCGCAAGGACCUUCUCUUUGGCAGCAUUGUGGCUGUGGAUGAGCCCACACGGCCCAUCUACCGCUUCACCCAGGAGGACCUCAGGAAGAAGCGGGUCCUGUUUGUGCACUCGGGGGCUGACCGCGGCUGGAUCCAGCUGCAGGUGUCUGACGGGCGGCACCAGGCCACUGCGCUGCUCGAAGUGCAGGCCUCAGAGCCCUACCUCCGCGUGGCCAAUGUCUCCAGCCUCGUGGUCCCUCAAGGAGGCCAGGGCACCAUCGACUCUGCCGUGCUCCAGCUGGACACCAACCUCGACAUCCGCAGUGGGGAUGAGGUCCGCUACCAUGUCACAGACGGCCCACACUGGGGACACCUGCUCCGGGCCGGCCAGCCCGCCACGGCCUUCUCCCAGCAGGACCUGCUGGAUGGGGCCCUUCUCUACAGCCACAACGGCAGCCUCAGCCCUCGAGACACCCUGACCUUCUCCGUGGAGGCAGGGCCAGUGCACACAGAUGCCACCUUGCAAGUGACCAUUGCUCUAGACGGGCCACUGGCCCCACUGCGUCUGAUCCAGCACAAAAAGAUCUACGUCUUCCAGGGGGAGGCAGCUGAGAUCAGAAAGGAUCAGCUGGAGGCAGCCCAGGAGGCAGUGGCACCCGCAGACAUCGUGUUCUCAGUGAAGACUCCACCGCAGGCUGGCUACCUGGUGAUGCUGUCCCCCAGCGCCUCAGCGGCCGGGUCGCCCAGCUUGGACCCAGUGCAGAGCUUUUCACAGGAGGCGGUGGACGCCGGCAGGGUCCUGUACCUGCACUCCCGCCCAGAGGCUUGGAGCGACGCCUUCUCCCUGGAUGUGUCCUCAGGCCUGGGUGCACCCCUGCAGGGUGUCCACGUGGAGCUGGAGGUGCUGCCUGCUGCCAUCCCACUGGAGACGCACAACUUCAGCGUUCCUGAGGGUGGCACCCGCACCCUGGGCCCUCCGCUGGUCCGCGUGCUGGGGCCUUACUUCCCCGCACUGCCUGGCCUCGAGCUGCAGGUGCUAGAGCCACCCCGGCAUGGGGCCCUGCGCAGAGAGGACGGUCCUCAGGAGGGGAACCUCAGUGCCUUCUCCUGGAAAGAGGUGGAACAACAGCUGAUCCGUUAUGUGCACGACGGGAGUGAGACGCUGACAGACAGCUUCAUCCUGGUGGCCAAUGCCUCAGAGGUGGACCGCCAGAGCCAUCCUGCAGCCUUCACCAUCACCAUCCUGCCCGUCAACGACCAGCCCCCCAUCCUCACCACCAACACAGGCCUGAAGAUGUGGGAGGGGGCCACGGUGCCCUUCCCUCCGGAGGCUCUUAGAGGCACAGACAGCGACUCAGGACCGGAAGAGCUGGUCUACACCAUUGAGCAGCCCAGCAACGGGCGGGUGGUGCUGCGGGCCGCGCCAGGCACCGAGGUCCACAGCUUCACCCAGGCCCAGCUGGAUGGCGGGCUCGUGCUGUUCUCGCACAGAGGAGCCCUGGAUGGCGGCUUCCGCUUCAGCCUCUCCGACGGGGAGCACACCUCCUCUGGACACUUCUUCCAAGUGAUGGCCCAGAAGCAGCUGCUCCUCUCCUUGGAGGGCAGCCGAACGCUGACCGUGUGCCCAGGGUCGGUCCAGCCGCUCAGCAGCCAGAGCCUGAGAGCCAGCUCCAGUGCGGGCACUGACCCCCAGCACCUGCUCUACCGGGUGGUGCAGGGGCCCCGACUGGGCAGGCUGUUCCAUGCCCAGCACGGCAGCACCAGGGAGACCCUGGCGAACUUUACCCAAACCGAGGUGUAUGCUGGGAAUGUUCUGUACGAACACGAGAUGCCUCCUGAGCCCUUCUGGGAGGUCCACGACACCCUGGAGCUCCAGCUGUCAUCACCCCCUGCCCUGGAUGUGGCUGCCACCCUUGUUGUGUCUGUGUCCUUCGAGGCUGCCUGCCCCCAGCGCCCCAGCCGCCUCUGGAGGAACAAAGGUCUCUGGGUCCCCGAAGGCCAGCGGGCCGAGAUCACCACGGCCACCCUUGAUGCCUCCAACCUCCUGGCCAGCAUCCCGUCACCCCAGCGCCCAGAGCAUGACGUGCUCUUCCAGAUCACACAGUUCCCCAUCCGGGGCCAGCUGCUGGUGGCCGAGGAGCCCCUCCACGCCGGCCGGCGCCACUUCCUGCAGUCCGAGCUGGCCGCAGGGCAGCUGGCCUAUGCCCACGGCGGCGGGGGCACCCAGCAGGAUGGCUUCCGCUUCCGCGCCCACCUCCAGGGGCCAGCGGGGGCCUCCGUGUCAGGACCCCAGACCUCAGAGGCCUUUACCAUCACAGUGCGGGAUGUGAACGAGCGGCCACCGCGGCCCCAGGCAUCCGUGCCGCUCCGGCUCACGCGGGGCUCCCGCGUGCCGGUCUCCCGGGCCCAGCUCAGUGUGGUGGACCCGGACUCGGCGCCUGGGGAGAUUGAGUAUGAGGUGCAGCGGGCUCCCCUCAAUGGCUUCCUGAGUCUGGUGGGGGCCGGCCCAGGGCCAGUGACCCGCUUCACGCAGGCUGACGUGGACGCUGGGCGCCUGGCCUUCGUGGCCAAUGGGAGCAGCGUGGCUGGCAUUCUGCAGCUGAGCGCAUCUGACGGGGCCAGCCCUCCCGUGUCCAUGUCCCUGGCCGUGGACGUCCUGCCAUCGGCCAUUGAGGUGCAGCUGCGGGCGCCCCUGGAGGUGCCGCAGGCUGUGGGGCGCUCCUCCCUGAGCCGGCAGCAGCUGCGGGUGGUGUCAGACCGGGACGAGCCAGACGCCGCCUACCGCCUCACCCGGCGGCCCCGUUUCGGGCAGCUCCUGGUGGCUGGGCAGCCCGCUGCCUCCUUCAGCCAGCUCCAGGUAGACCAGGGGGAGGUGGUCUUCGCCUUCACCAACUUCUCCUCCUCUCGAGACCACUUCGGCAUCCUGGCGCUGGCCCGAGGGGCCAAUGCAUCCGCCACGGUGAACAUCACUGUCAGGGCUCUGCUGCGUGUGGGGGAUGGUGGGCCAUGGCCCCAGGGGACUACCCUGCGCUUGGACUCCACCGUCCUUGAUGCUGGAGAGCUGGCCAACCGCACGGGCAGUGUGCCCCGUUUCCGGCUCCUGGCGGGACCCCGGCAUGGCCGUGUGAUACGUGUGCCCCGGGCCAGGACGGAGCCCAGCGAUAGCCAGCUUGUGGAGCAAUUCACCCAGCAGGACCUUGAGGAUGGAAGGCUGGGGCUGGAAGUGGGCAAGCCAGAGGGCCAGUCCCCUGGCCCCGUGGGCGACAGUCUCAUUCUGGAGCUGUGGGCACGGGGUGUCCCCCCCGCUGUGGCCACACUGGACUUUGACACUGAACCUUACGAUGCGGGCCGACCCUACAGCGUGGCCCUGCUCAGUCUCCCCGAGCCUGCUCAGACCGAAGCAAGGAAACCAGAGAGCAGCACCCCCACGGGGGAGCCAGGCCCGUUCGCCUCCAGCCCCGUGCCCACUGUGGCCAGCGGGGGCUUGCUGGGCUUCCUGGAGGCCAACAUGUUCAGCGUCAUCAUCCCUGUGUGUCUGGUCCUCCUGCUCCUGGCACUCAUCCUUCCUCUGCUCUUCUACCUCCGCAAACGCAACAAGACGGGCAAGCACGACGUCCAAGUCCUGACUGCCAAGCCCCGCAAUGGCCUAGCGGGCGACAACGAGACCUUCCGCAAGGUAGAGCCGGGCCAAGCCAUCCCGCUCACAGCGGUGCCCAGCCAGGGGCCCCCACCGGGGGGCCAGCCUGACCCAGAGCUGCUGCAGUUCUGCCGGACACCCAACCCUGCUCUCAAGAACGGCCAGUACUGGGUGUGAGCCCGGGCCUGGGCCCAGAUGCUGAUCAGGCCAGGGACAGGUUUGCUCAGGCCCUGGCCCCAUUGCUCCCAUGCCCUGGUGCUGUCUGAGUAUCCCCAGAGCUAGAGACACCUGGGGACAUCUGGUGUGGAGGGUGCUGGGAGGAGGUCCCAGGGGUCCGGGACCAAGCGGAGUCAAGAGCUGGAAUCCCCCCAGCUUUCUCCAUGCCUGGAGAACUGCAAGGGGUGGGCUAAGGUCAGAGGCAGGCUUGGAGUCAGUCCCCCUGCCCUGGAGCUAGUUUGGGCUGUCAAAACCAGAGUGACCUCCUAGAUAUGUCAGGACUCUGGAUCCUGGGUCUGUGAUCUUGGGUAAGUCACAGCUGGCCCAGACUGCUGAGAGGGCAAGGAGAGGAGAGGGCUGGGGUGACAGAUGGGGAUUCCUGGCUUUUCCACUCCAAGCCAGGCCUCCCUUUGUCUCUGCCCCAGAGCUGAUGGGAAAACUUUUUCCCCUGGUUUUUUAGGGAGAUGGUAUUCCCUGGAGCAGAGGGCAGGAGGAGGGAGCCCCUCCACUCUCUAGGAGACAUAAGCCAGUAGAAUAAUACAUUCAGGGAACAAGAUGGGGUGGGUUGCUCUGGGGAUGGGUUUAUUUAAGGGGGAUUGCAAGGAAGCUAUUUAACACAGUGUCGAGCUCGCCCAGACUGAGGGAGCUCCUGAGAGUGUGGGAGGGAGGAAGGUCUGAGGCCAGCUCAUACCCGGAGCCCAACCUUGACAGGCUAAGGGCGAGUUAGGCAGUGUGUGUCUGUGGCCCCGGACCUGGCUGGGCUGGGGAGUAUGCGGGCCUCAGGCCAGAGGCCACUACAAUGCCUGUGCUCCCCCAAGGACUGGGGGUGAGCAAUUGAGGACACUCAACUCCAUGGGGCCUGGAUAAACGGUGUUGUGGAGGUUCUGGACAGAUGCGUGUCGUUUGUCUGACCAUGCACUGGGCCCUUGUCCAAACCAGCCUGCACUCCUCUGGGGCAGGCCGUCCCACUAGGCCUCAGCCAGCAGGCUGGACAGGGCCAUGUGAGCCCUCAAUGUCCACCUCCAGGGACCUUUCAGAUCUCCUCUGCCCCCACCUGUGUAGGCAGGUGGGCCAGUCUUUGUGGAAUGGGACCAAAGCCCUUUGGUUUAGUAAAGAUAGGCUAGGCCACCUCCGAGGAGCUCAAAGAAACAAUGAAAUCAGGAGAUGUAUUAAACGUCCCAGCCACAGAUGUCUUAGCCUGAGUUUUGGCCUCCACAACCUUGUCCUUCUCCACCUACCUCUCAAGUUGCUGGAGCAGCAAAGGUCAGGAGACUGAGGGGGUUACAUAGAGAUCCCAAGGCUGGGACCUGGUGCUGCGGGGCAGACGAGGGGACCGCCACUGGUGUCUUCCCUUGGCUCCCUGGAGAUUUUCCCAAGGAACAUUUCAGUUGGUCUCCGCCCCCCAGCAAGAAGACCGAGGGUGCCCCUUCUCAAAGGCAGGGUAAGCAGCAAGGAUUCUGAAAAGCGAGCUGCCCCAAGAGGCCAUCCUCUGGUUAGAGACCCUCUAUGAGCUGCUCGGGAGUCACGACCCCUGCCCCUCUCCCUUUUGAGAGUUAUGGACAAUGAGGACAGAUUCUGGAUCCCAGGUGAUGCUGCCUGGCAGUAAGCAGACGUCCUCCAAAGAAACACAGUGUGGGAGGUGCAGGAUCUGGGACAUUGGAGCCCAGUGCCUCAGCACAGUCAGACGGGGUGGAGAGCCCCAGCCAGCCUUUGACAGCUGACCAGUGUCUGGGGACCAGAAGCACCCCUUCCUUGUGUCUCCAUAUCGGGGAACAUCUGAAUCAGAAACUAGGGCAAGAAAGGAAACUCCCUCCUCCCCACUGUGCUGUCCCCAGAGCGCCCUGCCAAGACGCCUCUUAUCAUCCCCUUCCCAUCCCGGCAUUCCCCAGAUCCUCCUCCACUCUCAAGAUGUGGGCAGGUCACCCGGAAUCCCGGACUAUCAGUGCUGAAAGGGCACCUAGGGGACCAAGGGCAGGCUGAGAAUCAGGGCUAUCCAAUCACACACAGCCAGGCAGCACUAGAGUGGACCAGAGCCCAAGGCCCAGCCAACUCUUCUUGCCACACUGAAGAGCCUGUCCCAGGCCGUAGAGGGGACCCCCACAGAGACCCCUCUCCAUCAGGAGUUCCAAAUCCCAACCUGGCUUCCUUCUAUAGCCUAGUCUCUCUGGCACCCCUCAGGCCAACCUCAUACAAGGGGCCCUGCCAAGGGAGUCUCCAUGCCACACCCCAGGCACUAUGCCCUGCCUCUUCCUAGAGCUUGGGGCCAGAUCCUCAGGGCCCUCAUAUCUGACGCCAGACUCCACCCAGGGCGACCAGUUUCCCUGGGAGUGUAACCGGAGACAAGGGUGACAGACCCGCCAGGCAGGAUCUGGCCUCAUCUCCUAUUUCCCGCCCCUCCCAGGACUGACGACAUGCUCUCUGUUCACUCAGCCCAGCUUGUCCUGCCCCCCCCAGCGAGCUGGCACAGGCUGACACUGCUCCAUUUCCUUUAAGCCUCUGCUGACCAGGGGGCCAGCACCCAGGGCAUUGUGCACAGGGCUCCAUGAGGACCUGGGAGAAGGUCUUUCACUGGAACACCAAAUCUGGAACCCACUUUAAAUGUGGGGCCUCCAUUUAAGUAAAUCCCUUGCAGAUUUCAGACAGGCCCCCAAGGCUUAAAGGGAUUGUUAUCCACUUUGCAAAAUAACUCACUAUCCCCUUACUUUAAGAAGGCAGCUCCUCCCAGGCACUGAGAUAGACGCCAACCUGGGCACAAGUGUUUAGGAAUGUGUGGGAGCACUCUGACCCUCUUCUUUACCCACACACACACACACACACACACACAGUGCACUUAUGCACAUGGCUGUGUACCUUUAGACCUUCAGACGCACCCUGUUCUAACAUAAAUACCUGCCCACGUAAUACGUAUGCCCGCACGUCCAUACAGGUGCACACACAGACUUGGGAGAGAAGUACUCUGCACUUGUGGGCCCUCCUACAGGCCUCAGAGCUGCCCAUGGGGAACCAAGGGCUGGGGCUACCUGACGAUCCAGAGGCCCAGACUGACAUCAGCAGUGCCAAGAAGCGGAACCACAGCAGGAGAGGGUAUGGGGAACAGGGUAGGGAUGGCCAGAGGGCCCAGUUUUGGGGGUCUCCAGCUUGGAAGUCCUGCCCACCACCUUAAAUGUUUUAGCCACUUAGAUGCUAAAGAAGGGGCUUCCUCUGAGCCCCUCUCCUAGUGCUAGGAGCUGGCCCUUCAAGUGGAGCUGCUCAGGCUAGAACCAUCAUCCCCCAGUAGGAAGCAGAGACAGGGACCUCCCUGCCCUGCCCCCACUCCACAUUGUCUCCCUACUGGGAUAGGAAUGGCCAGGUGCUGGCAUCUUUCUCUAGGCCCCAAGACUAGGAUUUUUGUUUUAAAGAUUUUAUUUAUUUAUUUGACAGAGAGAGAUCACAAGUAGGCAGAGAGGCAGGCAGAGAGAGAGAGGAGGAAGCAGGCUCCCUGCCAAGCAGAGAGCCCGAGGCGGGGCUGGAUCCCAGGACUCUGGGAUCAUGACCUGAGCCAAAGGCAGAGGCUUUAACCCACUGAGCCACCCAGGCGCCCCUAGAUUCAUGACCUUAAAGAAAUGGAGGUACCUGGGCAGCCCCCGGAGUGCUCUGGUUGGGUUUCCGUUCCUUGUCACACCACAUGAGGAGGCCCUGGCAAAUGGCGGGAGCCAGGAUGGGAACCAGCUCUGCUGGAGCCCUCUCUCCACAGCCCGUCUCCUACCCGAGGUUGGCUCCGAGUUCACAUCGUCCCUGUCUGGUCUCCACUGGGAUUAGUGGGCAAGGGCAUUUGGGGCCAAAAAUGUUGUGGGAGACCCCCUGAAGACAAAAGUAACCCUUGGUUAGAUCAACCAGUGGCCAAGAAGGGACUUUUCAAGGAGCUCCCAUGCCCCUCAACCUGGGCACUGCCAGCUCUGUUAGCGUAAAGCCUCAAGCUAAUGACAGGACUUCCUCUGGAUGCCUUGUAAGCUCACAGAGGGCUCAGGCAACACCACCUCUGGGUCCUGGAGGCCCAAGCUGGAUGGGCUGUCUAAGUCUUUGUCGCUCAAAGUGCGGUCCAUGGACCUGGAGGACCAGAGACAUUCGGGAGCUUAUUAGAAAUAAGAACUCUGGGGACACCUAGACUGCUCAGACAGGAGACAGUGAGACUCUUGGUCUCAGGGUUGGCAGUUUGAGCCCCACGUUGAGUGGAGAGAUUACUUAAAGAUAAAAUCUUCAAAAAAGAAAAAGAAAAAAUGAGGGCUCUCAGGCCUCACCCCAGAUCAGCUGAAACAGACUCUGUGUUUAACAAAUAGUAAAGACACAUUGACUUAGGUCCUACCCCUCCACCUCCAAAUGGAGAAACAGCUCAGAGAGGCAGGAACAAGGUUAAGACCAUGGUAAGUCAAUGGCAGACUUAGAAAGAGGUCAGACCCCAUGAUCCAGUUCCAGAGUUUUGUCUUUCAACUCAAGUCCCUAUAUCCUCUGCUGAUUUGGAGGGACAGGGUUCUGUUGUGGGGGUUCCUGCUCAGGAGCCUCCACUGAGGACAAGAGGGGAGCAGAGGAGGACGAGGCCAGUAGCCAGGUCUGAUCAGUGGGGAAGGUCUGCAGAAGAAGCCCACUUCCACCCUUACCUCCCAAGACAGGCUCCUGGAAUAUACAGCAACCCCCUGCCACCCCACCUUCUACAAUCCAGCUAGUCCUUCCCUCCCCACCCAUCUGGGUUCCACCUGUAGAGGGAGGGAAAAAAGGAGGGGCCCAGCCAAAGCCCCCAGUCAGGGCAUUGGGUCUCCUGCACAGUAGAGCCGCAGCAGCCAGCAGAGGAAGGGGAAAGAAGCUGGCCGUCAGGCCACAACACAGGCCUGGUCAAGAAAGAGGGCAUGGGCCUCCCACAGCACUCUGUCCUGUCCUGCAGGGGUGGGAAGCGAGGGAGGCUGGACCACUCACUGUCUGUCCCUUCUGGCCCCAGAAUAAAUGCUGUGGCCCCCAGCCUAUGUGCUGUCCUGGUGCUGUGCGUGACUUUGAGAGCCCCAACUCCCUUUCCCUGCCAGGUUGCUGAGGCCCCCAGCCCUCUGUUCCUUGCAGUAAACAUAGUUCAAGGCUGUGUGCCCUCUGGGGGCAAUGGCCAGCCGGGUCCAGAACUAGGUUCAUAGCAGAUGUUCAGUAAACGUUUGUUGACAGAAUAGAGCCCCUCCCUUCCCGCAAUCCAAAAGGUCUCUAACCCCCAAUCCCACUCUGACUCUGUAUCCUGACUUCCCAUCUGGUUCCCCUGGCUUCCGUCAUCCCUAGGAGUGCUAGUGGGGCUCCCAACCACAGUUCUAGCCCCCAGAUCCCUUCCAGGGCCCAGGCAGACCUGGCCCCACGUCCUAAGUUUCUAAGGAGCAGGUUUAAACUGUCCCUGCCAGACUCUUCAGCACCCACUUCUCUCUUCCUCCAUACUUACCCGUGGCUCCCUCCUACCAAAUGCCUGGGGUCUAGCUCUCAGAAGCACACGGGCAGAACACUUCAACCCAAUCAUAUGUGGGAGCAUACCACUGAUGCAAUCAAACUGAUUAAAUGGGACAGGAGGAGAAGACAACCCAGGACUCCCUGCCACUCGCCUUCCCUUGCCCUACAGCUCCUCCUCAGAUCGUCCUGGAGCCACUGGCCACCGUGCCAGCUGUUCUAAUCACUGUAGGGCCUACCCGAUCCCAACCUUCAGAGGCAAGCAGUGGAGAUGAGCCAAGGGCUUCCCCAACUUUACCUGGCCCAGAGGACCCUGCAUUCAGUUGGAGGUCUCAAGAGUCCCAGCCUACCUCCUGGAGGCUUGAAACCCUUCCAGAUGCCAAAGAUGCACCUUCCAGCAGAGGAACUCCUGGCAUCUAGAGAGGCAUCAGGAUAAGUGUGAGCCAGUGGUGCCAGACACACAGGCCAGGGCAGAGACCUCCAAGAGCCAGAGAGCAGCAGGGAGAACCCUGUUGGGUCUUGUUGGGGAAGGUGGAGCCUUUUCUACAGAGCUAUUGGUUGAGCAAGCAGGCAGGUGGGUGAGGCUGGAGGAGGCCGAGAGCUCCUGGAAGUCUGUGAGUCAGGGCAGAAGGGCUCCUCCUGAGUCAGCCCUGCUAACAGGUUGCCCUGUGAGGCAACUAGAACAGGACCCAUGGAUCCGAGAAGGUUCCAGGCCCUGAGACUUCAGCCCCUCUGCCCCAUGAGCUGCCCUGCCUAAGAAGCUCAGUCUGGGGAUAGAUGCGAUGAACUAGAGGAGGGAGGGCAGCGACAGUGAUUGUGUCUGCCCAAUGAACUUGUACAAGUCCACGCACCUGUGAAUGGGAUGUUCGACCCUAGCAAGUACAGAGCUAGGCCUGGGAGCUACCUGUUUCUGCCUACAGCCCCGCCUCCUGUCUUCAUUUCUGCCCAUUUCCCAGUUCCUACAGCCAUGAAUGGUACAUGAUUGGCCUGGGGCCCCAUCCCCUUGCCUGCAUUAGAACCUCUCAACCAAGGCUGCUUUUCAAAGUGUUGUGGCAAAGCCCUUAGAACAGCACCAGGCACAUAGUAAAUGCUCAGUAAAUGCUGACUUUUAUAAUCA